CAACCACACCGAGCAAGAAAACAGAAGUUUUGCAGGGAGACGGUCGCUGUGCAGCAGAUUUGACUCUUUCAGUGAAUCCUCUGAGGUUAUAAGCGGGUUUGGUGGACUAUGGACGUCGGCGAGCUGCUGAAUUACCAGCCUGACCGAGGAGCGAAGCGGCCCAGGGAGGAAGAUGGUGGUGAGGAGUCUCGGGUCAAACAGAAGACCUCCAGCAGGGAGCCUCUGCGGCUCGCAGCCAUGGCUGAGGAUGAAAAUGAAGAUCCUGAAACCAAGGAGAAGAUCCUGGAGAAGCUCAUGGACCAGGAUGAGGUUGACCCAGAGGGAGAGCCGGUGGACGAGACCAUGGUGAAAAAAAUGAUCCUGACCUUUGAGAAAAGGUCGUACAAAAACCAAGAACUCAGGAUUAAAUUCCCAGACAACCCUGAGAAGUUUAUGGAGGCGGAGCUGGACCUGAAUGACAUCAUCCAGGAGAUGCAUGUGAUCGCCACGGUUCCAGAACUGUAUCACCUGCUGGUGGAGCUGAACGCCGUCCACUCUCUGCUGGGGCUGCUGAGCCACGACAACACUGAUAUCGCUAUUGCAGUGGUGGAUCUGCUGCAGGAGCUCACAGACAUAGACACACUUCACGAAAGCGAAGAAGGAGCCGAAGUCCUCAUCGAUGCUCUGCUGGAGGGCCAGGUGGUGGCUCUUCUGGUGCAGAACAUGGAGAGGCUGGAUGAGACGGUGAAAGAAGAAGCAGAUGGAGUCCACAACACACUCGCCAUCGUGGAGAACAUGGCCGAGUUCAGGCCUGGUCUGUGCACGGAGGCCGCCCAGCAGGGACUCAUGCAGUGGCUCCUCAAGAGGAUUAAGGCAAAGAUGCCAUUCGACGCUAACAAACUGUACUGCAGUGAGAUCUUGGCCAUCCUUCUUCAGAACAACGACGGCACCAGAGAGCUCUUGGGGGAGUUGGAUGGCAUCGAUGUUCUUCUGCAGCAGCUUUCAGUGUUUAAGAGGCACAACCCGUCCACAGCGGAGGAGCAGGAGAUGAUGGAGAACCUGUUCGAUGCGCUCUGCUCCUGCCUCAUGCUGCCAGCCAAUCGUGACCGCUUCCUCAGAGGGGAGGGGCUUCAGCUGAUGAACCUCAUGCUCAGGGAGAAGAAGCUGUCUCGGACGAGCGCCCUGAAAGUUCUGGACCACAGCAUGAUCGGCCCUGAGGGCUCAGAUAACUGCCACAAGUUUGUGGACAUCCUGGGCCUGCGGACCAUUUUUCCACUCUUUAUGAAGACGCCCAAGAAGAUGAGGAAAACAGGGAUAUCUGACAAGGAGCACGAAGAGCAUGUGUGCUCCAUCCUGGCGUCCAUGCUGAGGAACCUGAAGGGACAGCAGAGAAGCCGCCUGCUCAGCAAGUUCACUGAGAACGACUGUGAGAAGGUGGACCGACUGAUGGAGCUGCAUUUUAAGUACCUGGAAGCCGUUCAGCUCGCUGACAGGAGGAUUGAAGGAGAGAAGCACGAGAUGGUACGAAGAGGCGAGAUUCUGGACGACUCGAUGGAGGAUGAGUUUUACCUGCGGCGUUUAGAUGCUGGACUCUUCGUCUUACAGCUCAUCUGCUACAUCAUGGUGGAGAUCAGCAGUGCUGGAAUCUCACAGCUGCAGCAGAGAGUGCAUCAGAUCCUGAACCUGAGAGGCGGUUCAGUGAAGGCCGUGCGCCACAUCAUGAGAGAAUAUGCAGAAAGCAUCGGCGAUGGCAAAAAUGAGGAGUUCCGGCAGAGCGAGCAGAAAAGGGUCAUGGAUCUUGUGGACAACUUCUAAAUCUCCAGUUAGCCUUCAGGCAAAGACUCUCCUACCAGUCGUUCACUUCCUUCAGCGGCCUCUGUAAAUAAAGUGUGUUCUUUUAAGUCAUAUCUCUGACUGACAGACAACUCGUAAGAGGUCAGGCUCAGAUACGAGUGACCAGUGGAGUGUCCAACAAGGUAUUUUUGUGUCUUUGAUGUGGGGAAAAAGUCUAGAGAGGAGAUGAAACCAUGUGGCAGGCUCAGUGGGGAUUGACAUUACCCAGCCAGCUGUUUCUCAAUUAAGGGAUGGUCAGGCUUUGAUGAUGGUUUUUACUGCCCUGGCCUUCAGUAUGAGGGUCAUACAGGUGAAAGUCAAAUUUGUU